AUGGAGAAUCCGCCGAUGAAAAAUGUGAUACGUUUCCAUUUCUUCAACGUUUCCAAUCCGGACGAGAUCAUCUACAACGGCGCCAAACCUCGUCUCAUCGAAACGCCUGCCUAUGCAGUUAUCGAGUCAGAACAGAAACGAUAUCUGAGAUGGAACGAUGCCGGCACAGAAGUCUUCUACCAAAACUACAAGGAGUACGUCAUCAACGACGAGUACACGUGUUCACAGUGCUCAUGGGAUGAUGUAGUAACGAUACCGAACCCAAGCGGAAUAGUACGCAGUUUUUCUCUUCCUUCUUUUCUUUUUACCGGUACUGUUGGCUUCGAUCUAUUUCAUCGUUUUUGA